AUGUUGCACCAAGUCACCACAGAAGGUCAAACGGCCUCUGAAAGGGCCAAAUUCGAAGCAUUCGCAGCCUUCGCAGCCUUCGACGAAGAAAUCGGCGCCACUAAGGAGGGAGAUGAUCUUCACAUCACCGAAGCCUCUCUCCCUGAUGCACAGAGAAAGCUCGAAGCAAAAGUCCUCCGCAAGGUGGAUUGGCGGCUGAUCCCCAUCCUAGGUCUUCUAUAUUCUGUCGCGGGUCUCGACCGUGUCAACCUAUCCAAUGCGCGCGUCGCUGGCAUGAACACGGACCUACGCUUCGACGUCGGCAACCGAUACUCCAUCGCGCUUCUCGUCUUUUUUAUUACCUACUUCCUGUUUGAAUUGCCCACAACCCUCUUGCUCCGACCACUCAGGCCAAAAUACCUCUUAAAUGGACUCGCAGUGUGUUGGGGAGCCGUGAUGCUCGGUAUGGGUUUUAUCAAUGACUGGCGAUAUGUCGUCGUGUGCAGGAUAUUUGAGGUGCAACCGAGGAUGAGCUGGUGGUAUCUGAUCAACCUGUUCGUCAGCGCAUUCGGUAAUAUUCUCGCUUUUGCCAUUGUCAAGUUGGACGGGGCCCACGGUAUUGAAGGGUGGAGGUGGAUCUUUAUCGUUGAAGGGGCGGCAACCAUUGGAAUAGCCGUGCUAGGCUAUUUUCUUGUCAUCGACUUUCCAGACAGGAUGCUCGCAACGAACCAGCUCCAAGGCUUCACACAAGACGAACUCCAGGUCAUCCUGAACCGUAUCGAGCGGGACCGAGGAGAUUCACAGCCAGACAAACUCACCUGGGAAAAGUUCACAAGACAUGUCGCCAAUUGGGAGCUUUGGGUGUAUGGCUUCAUGUUUCUUACAUGCUCUGCUCCUAUAUACGCGUUUGCGUACUUCAUCCAAAUCAUUUUGGGUACCAUCGUGGACAGUACGGCUGUGGUUUUCCUCCUGUGUGUGCGCCGCCAUAUCUCUUUAGUAUCAUCUGGACUGUAG